AAGAGCCCCGGCCGCAGGUCAGGAGGGCAGAGUGAGAGGGGGAACACCAAGUGAGCAGGGAAGGGAGCCUCUUAGCCCCAGCUAGAGGCCUGAGAGAUGGAGGGCGCCCACUACGACCCGGCUCCGGCAGCCGCCGAGAGCUACUUCGGCUCAGACGAGGAAACUGAGGAGCUGGAGACUGAGGAGGAGUCCGAAGGAGAGGAAGAAACCACCGCUGAAACUGAGGACGAGCUGGACAGCAGCAGGUUAACAGACCAGAAUGAAGAGGACAAGACCAAGCAGGAGUGCAUUAUAUCUGACCCCUCCUUUUCCAUGGUCACAGUUCAACGUGAAGAUAGUGGAAUAACCUGGGAGACCAGCUCAAGUAGAUCCUCCACUCCCUGGGCCUCAGAAAGUAGUUUAACUUCUGAUAUGUAUAGUUUGGAAGGGUCAACAUUAAGUUCCCCUCCAGGGAACAUUUCUUUUAUCUUAGAUGAAGGUAAGAAGGUUCGGAAGAGAACCCAUAAAUCAUCAUCAAAACAUGGCUCCCCAGCUUUGCGUCGGAAAGGAGGCAAAAAGAGACACUCCUUGGAAGGCCAGGCGGAUGUUCCAGCCAAUACAAAAGACAACGCUCUAAUUUCAGAUGGAAAGUUACCUGGCACAGAACAAGAGAAAUCAUCUAUUGGUACUUAUGACAAAACCAGAAAAAAGAAGACCACCUCAAACACCCCCCCUAUCACUGGGGCAAUAUACAAAGAACACAAACCAUUAGUAUUAAGACCAGUUUACAUAGGAACAGUACAAUAUAAAAUUAAGAUGUUCAAUUCAGUGAAAGAAGAAAUAAUUCCCCUCCAAUUUUAUGGAACAUUGCCAAAGGGCUAUGUAAUUAAGGAAAUCAAUUACAGAAAGGGGAAAGAUGCAUCUAUUACUUUAGAACCAGAUUUAGGAAAUCAGGACUCUAGCAUAUCUUCUAAAGCAAACAAAUCAAUGACCCAAAUUAUAGAGAGUAAUAAAGAAAAGCAGCUUUCCCCACCCUGGAGAGAAAAAAUGUCUAGAGAGUCCAGGCCAAUGCCAUCAUUUCUUAGGGAUGUAGAACAGCCAAAGGAUAUUGACUCAUAUUCUCCCCUAAAUGCAGCUGCAGCAUCUGGACCCAAACAUACUGUCCCCUCAUAUUCUAGUAAUGAAGCUGUGGAGUCUCAGAGUCUUCCAUCAUCACUUUCAACACUUCCAGUUGAAGAAGCACCAAUGCGUAAAAUACAAAUGGAUUCUCCAGAUGCUGCAGCAUUUGAAUUGGCAUCCCCCAAAAUGGUGAAGGAAGAAUUGACGCCUGAGACACAAGCUGAAGCCUCAUCACCCCUGCUUUCAACUUCACCAUCUUUUGUGGAUGAGGUUGGGGAAGAAGAAAGAGAAUCUGAUUUAUUGGCAACUGCUACCACAUCUAUUUCUGAGAAUCUUACUUCAUCUAAGGCAGAGGAGGAAGCCUUGGAGUUAGAUUCACAAGUCACUGCAGUGUCUGCCCCAGAACCUUUUGGUACAAAUGUAGAAAACCUGGGACAAUCUUCCCUAGAAAAAGAAGAACUUGUUUCUCCAACAGGUGAAGAGGAGACUGAGGAGACUGAGCCUGAGUCAUCAGUUUCUUUCUCCAAACCUUCAGCUGUGGGAGAAAUUAAAGAAGAGGGGGAUGGUUCUUUGCCAGUAACUUCAGGGCCAGAACUCGAACCCUCAUAUGUAUCAGAAGAAGAGAUCAUUGAAAUUGAUUACCCAGAAAGCCCAUCUCCCUCUGAAAAUGCCAUUCCUCCACAUUUGGUUCAUGAAGAGGAGAGAGAAGAAAAUGAAUCCGACUUACCACUAUUGGCCACAUCCAUUUCUGAACAUGUGGCUUUAUUGGAGAAAGAGAGAAAGGAAAUUGGACCUAUUUCUCCAGAUUCAGACUUUGCAUCUGAAUUUUCAGGUCCAUCAUAUUCAACUCAUGAACUAGAGGAAAAAGAAACUAAGCCAGUUUCUCCACCAGAUAUAAUGUCAACCUCUGAAUCUGAAAUUUUGUCAGAAGAAGAGAUUGUGCCAUAUUCUCCAGGGUUCACAUCUGUAGCUCAGCAUUCUAUGACUUCUCCUACAGCAGAAGAGGAAAGUAUUGAAUACAAGCCUCCCAUUCAGCAUUCAGCAGCUACAUCUGGACCUGCCAUCUUCUCAGAAGAAGAGACUUUAGAAAGUGAGCGUUAUACACCAGAUUCCACAUCGGCUUCUGAAUAUUCGAUUCCCCCAUAUGCAGCACAGGAAUUACAGAAGGAAGACACCAGCCAAAGGUCUCCAUUAAGCCCCCUUGCUGCAACUGAUCACAUGAUUAUGUCUGAAGAAGAAAAAGAUGAUAUUGGACCCUAUUCUCCAGAUUCAGCAUUUGUGUCUGAAUAUUCAGUUUCACCUCGUACAGUUCAAGAGUCAGAGAAAGAAGAAUUUGAACAAGAUUAUCCAAUACACUCUACAUCCCCUUCUGAGCACACUUUGACCGAAGAAGAGCAUGAUGAGACUGAACCUUUCUCACCAGACUCAGCCUCUGACAUUUCAAUCCCAGCUUACAAAACACCUGAACCAGAGAAGGAGACUGAACCUGGUUCACUGCUAACUUCAAUGUCUGUUUCAGAAUAUUCCAUUUUUUCAGAAGCAGAGAAGGAAGAAAUUGAGCCCAAGACCCAAGCAUCUACAAUGUCUGCCCCUGAUCAUCCCACUCUUUCAGACAGGCAAAAAGUUCAACAUUCCUCUAUAGAGCCAAGGUCUGAAAAUUUGAACCUGCCAUCUUCAACUGCUGGUGUAGAGAAGGAAGAAGUCAAACCUGAUGCCCAAGGAGUGGCCACAUCAGUAUCUGAAUAUCUCAUUUCAUCACAGAAGCAAAAAAUUGAAGGUCCCUCUCAAGUACUUGAGUCUGAACACUCAAUGCCACCAUCUUCAACUGCUGGUGUAGAGAAGGAAGAAGUCAAACCUGAUGCCCAAGGAGUGGCCACAUCAGUAUCUGAAUAUCUCAUUUCAUCACAGAAGCAAAAAAUUGAAGGUCCCUCUCAAGUACUUGAGUCUGAACACUCAAUGCCACCAUCUUCAACUGCUGGUGUAGAGAAGGAAGAAGUCAAACCUGAUGCCCAAGGAGUGGCCACAUCAGUAUCUGAAUAUCUCAUUUCAUCACAGAAGCAAAAAAUUGAAGGUCCCUCUCAGGUACGUGAGUCUGAACACUCAAUGCCACCAUCUUCAACUGCUGGUGUAGAGAAGGAAGAAGUCAAACCUGAUGCCCAAGGAGUGGCCACAUCAGUAUCUGAAUAUCUCAUUUCAUCACAGAAGCAAAAAAUUGAAGGUCCCUCUCAAGUACUUGAGUCUGAACACUCAAUGCCACCAUCUUCAACUGCUGGUGUAGAGAAGGAAGAAGUCAAACCUGAUGCCCAAGGAGUGGCCACAUCAGUAUCUGAAUAUCUCAUUUCAUCACAGAAGCAAAAAAUUGAAGGUCCCUCUCAGGUACGUGAGUCUGAACACUCAAUGCCACCAUCUUCAACUGCUGGUGUAGAGAAGGAAGAAGUCAAACCUGAUGCCCAAGGAGUGGCCACAUCAGUAUCCGAAUAUCUCAUUUCAUCACAGAAGCAAAAAAUUGAAGGUCCCUCUCAAGUUCUUGAGUCUGAACACUCAAUGCCACCAUCUUCAACUGCUGAUGAGGGAAAGAAAGAAGAAAUUUCACCUCAUUUGUCAGUACCUGUAGCGCCUGUUUUCAAGAAGGCAGAUUCAUCUGAGAAAGAAAAAAUUGGGCCAGUUUUACCAGAAACUUCAGUAAGUAGGCCUCAAGAGUCAAUCACAUCAGAAUCAACUCAAAAAACGAAGAAAGAGCUAGGACCCAAACCUGCACAUGCUCAAAAGGGGGCAUCCGAACAUUUGGCUUUUUCAAAAGCAAGCAAGGAAGAAAUCAUGCUCAACUCUCAGGUGGUUCCAUCUGAAUACCCAGUUUCAUCCCAGCAUAAAGAAAUGGAAUCUCAUUCUCCAAGGACCCCAGAGUAUGUGACAGAACCUUCAGUUGCAUCUGGGGAGUCAGGGAAGAAAGUGGGAUCUGAUUCUGUGUCAAUUGAGACACCUGUUCCUCAACAGGAAACUUCAUUGAAGAAUAAGGAAAACCUGAAAGACACCCCAAAAGCAAAAUAUUUAGCUGGAUUUGAAGUUUCACAAGCAGAGACAAAGGGAAAGGUUAGUCAGGACAAAGAACAAGCAGCCAUACCUGGAUCCCAGCAUCAGGUUUUAUCAGAAUCAGAGAAGGAGAAAACUCCACAUCCUCCUGAACUGAAAUUCUCAUCUUUGUUAGAAGAAAAUAAAAAAGAAAUUGUACCUGAUUCUUCACAAGCCACAGCAUCAGAAUUCAGACAUCCACAUUUGUCCAAAGAAAUCCAAUCAGGUUCACCACUUCCUGAAACAUGUGUAUCUGAUUCAGUUUUAUCAAAAGAAAGGAAAGGAGAAGUAGACAGCCUUUCACCACCAACAGAACAUCUGGUUCUAAAUAAGGAAGAAAAGGAAGUAGGGGAAUCUGGUACUUCCCCCAUUGAAAAAGCUGCAUCUAAGCCUCCAAUCAGAUCAGAAGUAGAAGUAGAUAAAGUAGAUAAAGAAGUAGAAGUAGAUAAAGAAGAAAAGAAUUUCCAGGCAUCACCACACGAUAGAUACUCAACAGAACAUUCAAUUUCAUCAAAAGAGAGACAAGAAGAGGAAGAACCCAGGUCACCUGUGCCUGAGCAUUCAGUUUUAUCAAAGGUAGGAAAUGAUCAAGGGCUUCCACCUCUGACAGUUCCUGCAACUGAACAUUUGACUUUGUCUGAGAAACAAACCUCCGAAUCGUCUCCUCUGGCAUCAGUGACCAGAAGCUCCGUUCCACCACACAUGACUAUUGAAGGAGAGAAAGAAGAUACCAAACUUCCUUUAUUAGAGACUACAAUAUCGGCAUCUGAGCAUCGAGUUUCAUCCCAAGCAAAGGGAGAAACAAAAUAUCCCUCCCAUGAAUUGGAAACUUUGGUGACAGAAGAGGUCUCCAUGAAAUCAGUAACUCCUGCAGGUGAGAGGAGCAGACAAGAGCCUGCAACUUUGAUGCCAGAGAAGGGGCAUUUGCUGACAGAAAGGCCAGAUGGCCCUUCAUUGAGGCAUACAUUGGAGCCUGAGAAGACAGUCAUGCCACCCUAUGCACUAGAAUUAUCAGGGAGUGUAUCGCAGAGCUUAGUGAGUGAAUGUGAACGGGAGAAUGCAGAUCAAGAGAAAUCUCUCUCACCAGAAAUAGGAAGCUCAGGACUGGAAAGGGUAAAAUCUGAGGCUAAGACCAGGGAAGAAGGGAAACAAGAGCACAAGGAUCUUUCUUUAUCUCUCUCAGGGCCUAAGGUGAAAGAGCAGCAUGAGGUUUCUGCCCCAUCACAUGUUUGUCAGGAAAAUCUGAAUCAAGAAACAAAGCCUUUCACCACCAAGGUGGCCAGUGGGGUGUCAGAUGAAUCAGUAGCGUCUUUUGUUAAAAAAGAAAAUCCAGAACUGCAGCAAGAUCAUUUUUCAUUAAAAGAAUUAUUGCAAGAGUCAAGGGACUUGGCAGACUCUAACAAAGGAGAGGAGCAAAAAGCUCAUUCUUUGACCCCCGCAGGAAAUUUGGUCCCACAAAAGUCAAGGGAUAUUUUGACCAAAAUGAAUGAAGACAUUGCCCAAACACAUUCAUCCCCUGUGUCAGAAAAUGUAUCUGAGCCAUCCAAGAUGAAGUUUUCUGAUCUUUCUGAGGGCCUUGCAAAGCAAAAAACUACACGAUACCCAGAUGAAGUUGUUAAUUUACCUGAUCUGUCAACACAGGAUAUUGCUAAGUCACAUUCUUUUGAAGAAGCACAUUUGCCUUUGGAAGAGUCCAAAUCUGUUGUGACAAUGGAAUGUAGAGAUGUUAAGGAGGCAAAAGAGUCCCUCCCUUUGCCAAAAGAACACAUUUGGGUCCCAGGAGAACCAAGCCAAGAGCUGGCUGGCCCUAAGGAGGAAAGAUUGCUGGAGUCAGGGCAGCCAUAUUCCUCUGCCACAGAUGGAAGAUUAUUGGGAGAACUAACAUCUGCUCCAACUGAGAAGAAACAAAUAUAUAAAUAUGUACAAGAAGAAAGCCUUUACCCGGCUGAAGAACCUGUUUUAUCAGCUCAGGGACCACCAACAUCUCCUCUGAGCAGGCCCCAUGACCAUAAGGAGAAACUGAUAACUCAAACUUACUCUUCCGAAGUAAAAGUGGCCAAAGAGCCAAAAGGUGCAGGUCAAGUUGAAAAUGUAAGUAAACCUGAAGCUAAAGUAGAGCAGAUCUCUUCAUUAGUGAGUUCUGAAAGUGGGAUAUCAGAAAAUUUAGGCAUUGAAGAAGAUGGCCAAGAAGAAUUCAUACCAACUAAGGUCCAAAUGCGAAUCUCUGAAGACCACAGAAAGGAGCAGGUAAAGCCUGAAACUAUUCCUUCUCCAGUCAAAGCAAUCAGUUAUCUGGCAGAAGAUUCAGAAACAGCCUUAGGUGAUGAAAAAGAAGAUCUGGGAAGAACACCACAUUCUUUCACAGAGAAAAAACUGUUGCAGGAAUCAAAAGCAGACACUUCAAAGGUCUCAAAAUAUGCCAAUGAAGCCCAACAGCCAGAAACAAAGAAACCUCUGCCUGAGGCCAGAAUCUCAAGUCAAGAAAAAUCAAAACUUUCCCUAAUUCAACCUAAGGAAAUAACUGCACCACUGGAUUCCCCAGAAAUAAUCAACAAAGUGCCUGAGCAGGCUGACACUCCUGCUACAGGAGCUCUUACUGAGAGUAAAGCCAAAAAAGGAGUUUCAUCUUUCAAAUCCUGGAUGGCCAGUCUGUUUUUUGGAGCUAGCACUCCAGAAAAUGAUGUUGAUGAAAAAGAAGCUCCAGAAACGCAGCCCAGCCCUGCUGCAGGCACAGCUGUGUUGGGGGAUGAGGCUAAAACAACAGUUCCAGCUGCCCCUGAUGACUUAAACGAAGCUGAGGAACCAGCAUCAUCUCCUUUAUCAAUGUCAGGACUUUUGACUGAGAAAGAACAUCCAGCCAUUUUAGUUAAAGCCAGUGAAGAAAGGGAGCUAAAAGAAACACCACUAUCUUUACCUAACCAAGUAGGUAAGGAACCAUCCAAGUUGACUCCAUUAAGAGGUGAAAUAGUGUCACAAAAGUCAGAGCCACUACCAACUCAUCAUUUACCAGAAUCAAAACUAAUAUCUGUGGCAGAAUCUAGAACUGUUGUAACAGAAUCUGGAAAACCAAGACAGUCCAAAGAAGAGUCUAUAUUUUUAUCUGCCACAGAAGAAACCACCCCAGAGCUGUCCAAACCCAUUUCUGGGAAUCUUAUUGAAGAACAUAAAACACCAGGAUAUAGGAAGGAAGAAAUGCAAUCUCUAUCAAACAGAGGAAUUGAGAUGCCAUCAAAAGAACCAGCAAGCAUAAAAGUUACUUCUGCUCAGGGCAGGACAUAUCUUGAAAGUGAGUCAAGAGCAGACACUUCAAAGGUCACACAAUAUGCUGAUGAAGCCCAGCAGUCAGAAACAAAGAAACCUCUGCCUGAGGCCAGAAUCUCAAGUCAAGAAAAAUCACAACUUUCCCUAAUUCAACCUAAGGAAAUAGCUGCACCACUGGAUUCUCCUCUUCUGGGAAAGAAAUUGGUUUCAGAAGAAGCUGAAAGUGGUGCUCCCAUUCACUUCACUGGUGAUAACAAGGUACAGAAGGCAGAAAUCUACUCUCCCUCUGUGACAAGCCAGUUGAUAGAAAAAUCAAAGAGUGUUUUAACUUAUCUUGAUGAACAGCAAAAAUUGUCCUCUCCAGAGAAAGUGGAUCAAGUUAGUUGGCCACCAAAGCCAGCUACAUCGGAAUUUGCAGAUGAAAGUUUCAAGAAAGACUCAGCAAAGUUGGAACCAAGAACUUUGACAAUGGAAGAACCACAAGGUAGAUUAAUUAAAGCUGAUGGUGACAGACCAGAGAAAGAAAUGACGAAGACUAUGUCUUCCACAUUUUAUGAUGAUGAGUCCAAACUAAGAACUGUAAGCUCAACUGAUGAAGAAAAUGUCCCAGAACAAAAACCAUAUUGCAUCACCGAAAAAGAUGUGCUGGCAGAAAAACCAGAAAUGGUGGCCCCAUUGAUACUCAGAGAUGCAAACAAAAUAAGCAUGGCAGAGGAACCAAGACUACAUAAAGCAGAACACGCAAAAGAGUCUGUAUUUCAAUUCUGUGAAAAUAAAGAAGAUGAAGGAAUGUUGUCUAAGAUACCUGUUGGAGUCAGUGUGGGCUCAGAGCCACCCAAGUCUACUGCUCCAGCCACCAAUGAAAAUCAAAUCUUUUCUGCAGAGAGAGGCAUGUGGGAAGAUUCAAAGCCUCAUCCAAUUCUGGGAGCCAGAGAGGUGUCUGAUGAGCCAGGGAUGAUUCUUGGAAGUUCAGUGGAUGAGAGUCAACCACUAUCAUUUGCUAAAGCUGAUUUUUUCAAGGACUCACAAAUUGCUUCAGUGGGCCCUACAGAAGGGCACAAAGAAAAGAGUUGUCAAUCUCCUUUGUUAGGUAAAGAAAAGGUAAUUUCAGAAAGAUCUGAAGCCAUCACAGUCAGUUCUGAGGAGGAAGUUGAACAACACCUUCCAGGUGAAACUAAUCAAAGGACUCAGACAUACUUAGCAGGGAAAGCCAGUUUUGCCUCUGAAGAAUCAGGAUUCACCUUUGGAAUUUCUUAUGAUGAAACCAAGAAUCUGAAAAACCAAACAUGUUCUUUGGCUAAAGCAAAAUCAGUUACUGGAGAAUCACAAAUGGCGCUCUCGGUGGCUCAUCCCGAAAUCAAGGGAACAAAGAUUUCUGUGAUUUCAGAAUCUUCUCCAGAAGUUAAAAGGUCACAGAUACCAGAAGUUUCAACACCAGAACUAACUGGCACAGGUCAGGCUCAACAAGAAAAAGAUAGGGCCCCAGGCUCACCUAUUCUACCCACCUUUGUCUCAAAGCAAAUUUCUGAUUCCCAGAUAAAACCUGUGGAACAUCUUCGGGUAGAUAAACUUUACCCAUCAGCAGUUCAUGAUUCUGACCAAAGAACAUUUGAUAAGCCAUCAACUAAGAGUGAAGAAAUUUUUUCCACUGUAGCAGAGGAACCUGAAAAUGUUUUUGUAAAAAAUGGAGCAUUUGCAGCUCCUGUUGUGACCAGCAAGCCCCCUGGCCUCACAGAAGAUCAAAAAAAUGCCUUUAGCAUCAUCUCUGAAGGUUGUGAGAUAUUGAACAUUCAUGCUCCUGCUUUUAUUUCAUCUGUUGAUGAGGAGGAGUGUGAACAAAUGAAGGAUAAAUUAGAGUACUUGGAAGAGAAGACUUCAAAGAGCAUUCAGCUCUUUCAUGAUGCUAGGGAGGAGACUACAAACCAGGAAACUGUGAGAAAUAAAUCUCAUGUAGGUCAUUUGGAAGAAGAUGUGUCCCUGGUGAAGGGUCAGAUGCAAGAGAAACCUCUUCCAGCAGAAGAGAACAUUUCCACUGACUCCGAUGUGGCCUUCAGUUCUCACAUGACACCAAGUGAUGUGGAUUAUUUUGAAAAAUAUACUUUGAUUGACUAUAACAUCUCCCCAGAGCCACAGAAAAGGGAAUCUCUUCCGAAGCAGGAUAUUGAAGGAGAACCCCAAAAGAAAGUUUCUGAAGAAACGGUCUCUUUCUUGGAAAGUUCAGAAGACAGGACACUAGAAUGUGAGUUUGAAUUGGUGAAAUUAGAUGAAAGCUUUUAUGGAAUGGAAAAGGGUGAUGAGCAAGUUCCUCAUACACAAUCUCAGCCAUCUUUACUUGCCCUCCAAUCAGCUACCAGUGAGACUCCAAGGGAUAUAGCCAGAGAGGGGGAAUCAAAGUCCCCUGGAAUGCCCUUAUUCAAUGCAGAAGAAGGGGUGUUAUCCCGAACUCAGCUUUUUCCUACUGAAGUUAAAGCCAUUAACCCAGAACUGCUCGAGGAGCCACCAGCACUAGCAUUCUUCUAUAAAGAUCUGUACGAAGAAGCAGUUGGGGACAAAAAGAAGGAAGGCGAGGCCACCUCUGAUGGGGAGAGCCUGAAUUCUGAGGCUUCAUUUCCAAGCAGACAUUCUGAUGCUGAGGAGGAGGCUGGAAUGUAUUUCGAGAAAUACAUUCUCAAAGAUGACAUUCUCCAUGAGGCAUCGGGAUAUCAGAAAGACCAAGACCAACCUCUGGAAGAAAUACCAGUUGGUAAAGAUGACUCAUGCCAACUGAUAGCUGCAGAAGGAGAAGUCUGGGGGAGGUUUGGAACUAUUUCUGGGGAGAUGGGCAUGAAGGAGGAACAGAAAGCUAUGCUCAAUGAAGGGGAAUUUAGAAACAGCAUGGAGAACUCUAAGGAUAAAGAGUUACAGGGGAAGACGCCCAUUACUGAGGAAGUCCAAUUGGCUUCUCAGAAAAUUAGUUAUGCAGUGCCCUUCCAAGAUGCACAUCACAUCCUGGAGAGAGUAGAUGAAUCUGAUGGCCAGGGUAUUGAAGAAGAAAAUGCCAGUGCUGAAGCAAGUCAACAUAUCCCAGUAGAAGUGUCUUAUCCAGAAGAAGAAUUUGUGUCAGGUGCAACACCUGUUCCAGAAAGCCUACAAGUAGAACCUCAAGAACUUGUCGCUCCUGAAAUGAGGGAAGCAAGGCCCUGCAGCAGUCCUGUGCAGGAUGAAUAUGAGUUUGCAGAAUUAAUGAAUUAUGAAGUGGUAACUCAAGCGGAUCUCUUAUCAGAUGACUUGUUGUCUGAAUCCACACCUGAAGAUGUCCUAUCCCAAGGCAAGGAGUCUUUUGAGCUUGUUGGCGAAAAUGAUGAAUUUGCCAAGGAUGCAGAACAAAGGAGGUCUGCUCCACAGAAGGAUUUGGGGUCUGAGGUUGUAGAGCCAGAACAAUUAUUGGCAGAAAUGGAAGAUGCACAGAAAGAAGCAAAAAAAUCCCAGAUCGACACAUAUUGCUACACAUGCAAAUGUCCUAUUUCUGCAAUUGACAAGAUAUUUGGCGCACACAAAGACCACGAAGUUGCUGCACUUGACACAGCUAUCAGUGUGGUCAAGAUUCAAUUAGGGGAAUUUCUCGAGAAUUUAAAAGAAAAGUCCCUGAAGAUUGAAGCAUUUGUUACUGAGAUAGAAUCAUUCUUCAAUACUAUUGAGGAAAACUGUAGCAAAAAUGAGAAACGACUUGAAGAACAGAAUGAAGAAAUGAUGAAGAAGGUGCUGGCCCAGUAUGAUGAGAAGGCACAGAGCUUUGAGGAGGUGAAGAAGAAAAAAAUGGAAUACCUGCAUGAGCAGAUGGUGAAUUUUCUACAGUCUAUGGAUACCGCCAAGGAGACUCUAGAGACAAUCGUAAAGGAAGCAGAAGAACUUGAUGAGGCUGUUCUCCUAACUUCAUUUAAUGAGAUCAAUGACAGGCUGCUUUCAGCAAUGGAGAGCACAGCUUCUCUAGAAAACAUUCCUACUGCAUUUUCACUUUUUGAGCAUUAUGAUGACAGUUCAACAAGAAGUGACCAGACAUUGAAACAAGUAGCAGUACCACAGCCUCCCAUAUUAGAACCUCAGGAACCCAACUCUGCCACCAGUACGACGAUUACGGUUUAUUGGAGUGUGAGGAAAGAGGAUGUCAUUGAAUCUUUCCAGGUCUACUGCAUGGAAGAUCCUCAAGAAGACAGUGAAGCAAAUGAAUUGGUGGAAGAGUACCGGCUUACCGUAAAGGAAAGCUAUUGCCUUUUUGAAGAUCUUGAACCCGGCCGGUGUUACCAAGUAUGGGUGAUGGCUGUCAACUUCACAGGAUGUAGCCUGCCGAGUGAAAGAGCCACUUUCAGAACUGCACCCUCCACCCCGAUAAUUAAGGCCGAGGACUGCACGGUGUGCUGGAACACCGCCACCAUACGAUGGAGCUCCGCCAACCCCGGGGCUUCGGAUGCCUAUACCCUGGAGUACUGCAGGCAGCAUUCUCCAGAGGGAGAGGGGCUCAGAUCUUACUCUGGAAUUAAAGGAUUUCAGCUAAAAGUUAACCUCCAGCCCAAUGAUAACUACUUUUUCUAUGCCAAAGCUGUGAAUGCUUUUGGGACAAGUGAACAGAGUGAAGCCGCCCUCAUUUCCACCAGAGGAACUAGAUUUCUCCUAUUGAGAGAGACUGCUCACCCUGCUCUCCAGAUUUCUUCGGAUGGGACAGUAAUCCGCUUUACUGAGAGGAGAAGGCUCACUGAAACUCCAUCUGUCCUGGGUGAACAGCUACCUGCCUGUGGCCAACAUUACUGGGAAACCACAGUAACAGAGUGUCCAGCGUAUCGUCUUGGAAUCUGCUCCAGUUCCGACAUGCAAGCCAGUGCCCUGGGACAGGGGGACACCUCUUGGUAUAUGCACUGUUCUGAACCACAGAGGUAUAAAUUUUUCAGCAAUGGCACCGUGAGCAAUGUCCAUGUGACUGAACAUCCAGUCAGAGUGGGUAUUCUGCUAGAUUACAGCAACCAGAGACUUUUAUUCAUAAAUGCUGAGAGUGGGCAGUUGCUCUUUACCAUCAGGCACAGAUUUGCUGGUGCUGUUCACCCUGCCUUUGCCCUAGAGAAGCCUGGGCAAUUCACCCUGCACCUGGGGAAAGAGCCACCAGAUUUUUUGAGGCAUAAAUAAGGAUUUGCUUUCAAAGUAGUAUUAUUUGGAAGAGAAGGAGUUCACAUUUAAGGGGUCUGUUCUCCUUUCCACAGGUCCUGAGCACAUGUGUCCAUACCCACACUCAUAGCUGCUAAUGACAGCAUUACUCAUAAAAAUAAUAACAGCACACAUGGGACAGUGCUAUUUUUCAUUUGUGUGGCCCUGAGUGAGAAGAGAGGAUUAAAUGGCCUCUGCCCAUUGAACCAUACACUGUGAUACAUGCUCAAAAUAAAAUUUUCAAGUAAAGGAUUGGGUUAGACCUGUUGGUCCAAAUGGAGAGAGCUACAUUCAUACAAAGGAAUAAUCUUUUCAUUAUUAAGGAAUAAUUACUCUAAUGGACAGUGUGGAAUAAGAAAAAGGGGUAUGAUGAUCUCCCCUGUGAAUGAGUUGCUUCUCCCACUGAAGGAACAGCUGACUCUUUCCACAGGGAAAUAAAACACAACAAGUCUCAGGACAUUACACCAUGAGACAAUGUGUCCUAGACAUGGAAUGAUACUUCUUACUCUGAUAAUAUGCUAUCUGUUGUAAAAGUUAUGGUGAACUAUUGUAUAAUAUUGUAUACUCUUGUACACAAGCCCCUUUUCUUUCAGAAUUAAAAUGUAGAGCUGCUAAAUAUUAGGAAUCUGCAUUUCUAUAAAUAAAUGGGUAGAAAAUACAAAAUAAAAAUGGUGGCCAUGAAGGUUUUAUUAUGGAAAAUGAAUCAUAGAUGAUCCUAUAUGACAAAGUUUCUUUUCUAGAACACCAGAGGGAAAAUGUUGAUGGAUAUUGUAUUUCCAGGGACUGAACUUUGAUUAGUGAAAAUGAUGUCACACAUUUUUCGCACACACACAAUUUUUUUAAGUCAUUACAUUCUGUCUUGGAAUCAAUAGUGUGAAUUGGUUCCAAGGCAGAAACGCAGUAAAGUCUAGGCAAUGGGGGUUAAGUGACUUGCCUGGGGGUCACACAACAAGGAAGUAUUUGAGUUCAUGUUAGAACCCAGGACCUCUUGUCUCUAGGUCUGGCUUUCUAUCCGCUGAAAUACUUAGCUGCCCCCAUCACAAAAAUUUUAUUUAUUCAUAGACAAAAUUAGAUAUGAUAAAAAGAGAAAGUACAUGCUUCUCACAUUAUAUAGUUUUUAAACUCACGUUUUAAUGACUUCUUUAGUCAUCAAAUCCCAGUCCUUUAUGAAAGCAAUGACAAAAACAACCCCUUCCCCACCUCCCAUAAUGAAUUCCUUCUCUCCAUGUACACACACAUUUGUUCAAUGACUGCAUCUGAAAAUGUAUUCAACCUUCUGCCUGUGAAAGGGAUUUUUUUUUGUCUUAACUUAAUCAAUCAAGUACUUGGAGUGCUCCACUCUUUUAACUUAAUCAGUCAGGAACUCAAGGAUCUUUUUGAUAAAAGUU